UUUGGCGUUGGGAAAAAAGCAUUAGCGUUCCAAGAAAGCAAGAGACAAAACAGACCAAGUAGAAAUCUUUUUGUGGGUUUUCUGUGAUUCCAAGAGUGGAGUAAACAAUGGCAGCAGAAGAGGGACAAGUGAUCGGUUGCCACAGCGUUGAUCAAUGGAAUGAGCAUUUCACCAAGGGCGUUGAAUCCAAGAAGCUGGUUGUGGUGGAUUUUACAGCUUCAUGGUGUGGACCUUGCCGUUUCAUUGCUCCAAUUCUAGCAGAGUUUGCCAAGAAGCUUCCCCAUGUCAUCUUUCUCAAAGUAGAUGUGGAUGAACUGAAGACUGUUGCUGAGAAAUAUGAAGUGGAGGCAAUGCCGACGUUCAUCUUCUUCAGGGAUGGAAACAUUGUGGAGAAAUUUGUCGGUGCAAAGAAAGAUGAACUUCUGCAAGUUAUUACCAAGCAUGCUACUGCUGCUGAUACUGCUACUCCUGCUGCUGCUGCUACUGCUACUACUGCUUCUGUUUCAGUUUGAUUCACCAUGGAAACAAACUUUUUAAUAAGGAACUUUAUCCGUCAGUGAUUGUCGUAGCAAGGAUGUUAUAAAUUUCUAGAUGUAGUGGAUGUGAUUGUGUGUUUACUUUUCCAUGGUUUUCAUCCAGUGUCUGCUAGAUUUUACUUUUCUAUAAAUAAUCAAAUUCCUCGUUUAUCUA